AUGCAGCCGAUACCAGCAACCGAUGUAUACUUCACCGUUGACGGCCAAGGCGCUGUCACGGCGAUCAAAAUCAACGACGGGGAAAUUAUACAACGAAAAGUCUUCUCACAAUCUCAGUUGCCACCAGCCUGGGUGAAUGCUCUGCAUGAGAUGAUAGCUAGUAUGGAUGCAAAUCCUAUUGAGCCCCGCAGUAUCUCGUUUCUGCAGCAGCAUAGCAGUCACACUCUCGCAUUCGACCAGACAUGCUUCGCUCCUACAGAUAUGGGACACGGACCAUCAGGCACUUACAUAGAUCAGUUCCUAGAUGCACCUCCAUACCCCACACUCCCCUUGGAAGCCGAGGCGAGGACCGCAGAAUCGGGUGUUGUAUUUCCGUUUGACAUCCCUGCCUUGUCCGAUUCCUGGGAUCUUCCCGAUCCGUUUGACAUGUCUUGUGUUCCUGUGUUGCCCGAAAAUCCCCCAAUUGGUCAAAUUCCAGGAGAACCUAAUACGCAGAGCCCAGGGGCCAGUGUCGGUAGUGAAUCGAGACCUAUGGGACUGAAACGAGCACAAAAGCUUCAUCGAAUGUUGGGUGCGCUGGAGAACCACGAAGUGGCUAGCAAAGAAGAUCAUAACAGACAGAUUGAGGGACUCUACAACGGCCCGCAACUAUUUUCGUGCUCACAGGAUAUGUCGAUGGUCCAGUUCGCUGCAGUUCUUGGUAAACACAGCAGCGUUUCCUCCGCGGUAGGGACAAUUUACGGAUUGCUUAGUUGGAAUAUUUUUGGAUUGGAAGAGGAUCGCCUUGUCAAAAACGACAGGCUCUCACCUUAUAUUGCAGCAAAGCAGGUCCGAUCAAUUGCCUUAGUCACAUCAACUGAUCUCGCUGACCCACAAUACAUACAGAUGAAUCAAAAGAUGACGAGUGCGCUCCGCCGUCGUGGAAAAUCGAGUGAUUGGGCAAGUGAUGGACGCAGGGCGGCAAAGGCAGUAUUCGGUGUCUUGGAAGGUGUCAGUACCAAUGAACAGUCAUUCGCAUUGAUUCUCCUUGCAGGUAGGGUAUCCAUCUCUACAUGUGUUGGCGCCUCUACUUACCUAUUUGCAUAG